ACUGAGAAGACACUGGCGUAGCGGAAAUCAGUAAAGUAUUCGCCUUUACCACGCAACAAGCAGUACGUCUCUAUCGCUGGUCUACCGUCUGGUAAAGCCUUCUCUGUUUGCUCGCCAUGGUCUUCGCUGGACUUCUGAGAUUGGUCGUUUUGCUGUCUUUGGCGGCAGGAACGGCUGCCCAGACAGGUUUGGUCAAUAGACCACAAUCUCGGGGGUUUGUUGGACAUGAACACAAAGGAAGUGUCACAGUGGAUGCCUUAACAGCGGAAACACUCAAAAGCAAGUUGACUACAGUCUUCCUCCCAAUAAUUUACAUAAUCGUUUUUGCUGUUGGAUUGCCCACAAACGUGAUGGCCAUUUGGGUAUUUAUCUUCCGGACAAAGAAGAAACACCCUGCAGCUAUUUAUAUGGCUAAUCUGGCUCUUUCUGACAUCCUGUUUGUUAUUUGGAUCCCAUUGAAGAUUACAUACCAUUUCAAGGAGAACAACUGGACCUAUGGAGAGGGACUCUGUAAGGUGUUGGUGGGCUUUUUCUAUGGAAAUAUGUACUGUUCCAUUCUUUUCAUCACUUGCCUUAGCGUGCAGCGUUACUGGGUAAUAGCCCACCCUUUAUCUGAGCAGAGAAAAAACAAUCAGAUAGCCACAGGGGUUUGUAUAGCCAUAUGGAUCUUUAUCUGGUUGAGUACAACACCACUGUACAUGUACAAUCAGACGGCCUACAUCAGUAACCUGAAUAUCACUACCUGCCAUGACGUCAACAUCAUCCACGACAUUGAGGACCCGUUUCCUGACGUUAAGCAUGCAUUCUUCUACUUCAUGUUUAUGGGAGGCUUCGUGUUCGUCGUUCCAACCUUGAUAAGCAUAGUAGCAUACACCUGCCUCCUUAAAACCCUCGCAGGUUCCAUGGGUGAUAAUUCUGUGGGAAAAAGCAGGAACAAAGCGGUGGUGUUGAUUAUUACUGUCCUUGUGACCUUCCUGAUAUGCUUCAUCCCGAGUAACAUCAUGCUUCUCAUCCACUACUCCCUCCUGAAGAACGGCAUCUCCAAUAAUGGCUAUGGCUUCUAUAUCACCACACUUUGCCUGUCCAGCCUUAACAGUUGCCUGGAUCCUUUCAUUUAUUACUUCGUUUCUGAGGACUUUCGGGACAAUGUCAGGAACACGCUACUCUGCAGGAGCAAUCGAACGGUGGACAGGAUGAAAGUCUCCUUCAACUCCCUGAAGUAUUCAAAGAGGACUAACACUUAUACCUCUGACAACAGUAACACCCAGACAAGUAAUUGCUAAUCAUUUGGGGAUGGAGAUAAACUUGAUGACAGUAUGUAUACUACCUAUCUAAUGUAAAGUAUGUAUUAUGUUUGUACAGUGUGUGUAGCUCCAUGUAAAAGCAAUCAUUUAAUUUUGAAGGGGCGAAUAUUUUGCCUGUUUUUAUUUUUUAAACUGUGAAAUCGAUGUGAUGCCUUGCUUUUUUGAUACAUUUUUAUUCCUUAGCUUUUAAGUGUAUAAAGUCAUUUCAAUGAGAAUUUUUUUUUUUUUUUUAGUAAUUUUAAACUUGACAUCUAAAUCUGUGCUAGUGAUGUGUAAAUAAAUAGUUGAUAUGCUGUAUGUUUGUAUUCUGUUUAAAAAUGCAAGUCAUUCCUUUGACCAUAUAAUAAGUAGAAAUGGAUUUAAAUAUUGUAUACCCAACUACACAUAAUUUCUGUUGAUGUAAGCUUUCAGCAGUUAAAUUCUGUCCUAAACAUUGUCGUGUUUUUUUUCCACUUCUCUGUUACUGCCAUAUCCCCACAAUAGGACCAUUAUCUAAUUAUAUAUACAUACAUACACACACAAACACAAAAGCCACAGAUAGAAUUUUGCCUAUACUUUAUGGCAGUACUUUAUGGUAUUUAGCACACACUUUUCAUGUCCAAAGAAUUAUAUUUAUACAUACACUGUAUAUAGCCAAAACUGUGCACACCACCUUGCCCAGCAUCUCUUUCAGAAACUGAGGGUGUUGCGUAAUAUGAAGUUGCUCACCUCAUUGUUGAUACAGUGGCCUCUACUCUUUAUGAAAGCUUUCCAUUAGAUGUGGGAACAUUGCUGGUGGGAUUUGCUGCCAUUCGGGUUGGAUAUUGGUGCUGGGUGUUCAAGUCCUUUGCUGUGAGUUUGUGUGGCCAAACGCUUGACUGAACCUGCUGUCAGGCGUUUCUGCUUCACAGUCAUUUCACUUUCGGUUGACCCAGAGUGCGUUUUCCAAAAGCAUAGUUGCUGACUACCUUAGCAACUUCCAUAGUUGGAACCAUGCAACUGAAUGGGUCCUGCUAUAUAAGCCGGUAAUGGGAGUGUUUGGCUUACAGCUUACAGCAGUGUUACAGCUCCAGUAAGGGAGAAAUAUGAUAAAGUGACCUGUUGGAAAGAUGGUGUCCUAUGAUGGUGCCAGAUUGAAAGUCACUAACCUAUUCUGUACAAUUACUCAUUAUGCUGCUACUAUUUGUUGCAGUGUAUUGCAUGACUGUGUUCUUAAUUAUGCACCUUUGUCAGCAAUGGGUGUGAAUUAAUUUGCCGAUCCUUCCAAUUAAUAGGAGUGUCCAGAUAUAUUUAGCUUUAUAAUAUGUUUUACUUAUUUCUUGAGCAUGUUUUAAUCUUUUAUUCAUUCUUUUUUAAAAUAACGUGUCCAUUUCCAGCAGUUGUCCAUGAUCAUACUGACCACUGCUCAUCAUAAAUUUGUAAAAUAAAAACUAAUCAUCAGCC